CUCUGACUUGGAGCACCAAAGACUUGGCUUGUACAGAAGAUCUUCUUGUUAACAAGAAGUCGAGGAUGACUUAACAUUGCCCUUCUAUUCAAACAUCAGAAAGGCCAUUGCUGCGGCUCAUGUUUCUGAACCUCAAGGCGGGCUGGACAUUUGUGUUUUAAAGGACAUACGAUGAAUACCAUAUCGUCAAAUGUCUCUUCUACUCGAUGCUUGAUGAACAAGAGUAUGGAAUCUUUCACUUAUUUCUAUUAUUUAAUCUUCUUGAUUGGCAUCAUUGGGAGUUGUGUCGCACUGUGGGCUUUCAGUAAACAGAGGAAAGCAAAAAAAUGCCUCAAUAUCUACCUGAUCAACCUUCUGACUGCCGAUUUUCUGUUGACUUUGGCCCUCCCUUUCAAGAUAGUUGUUAGCUUGGGCGUUGCUCCCUGGAGCGUGAAGAUCUUCCAUUGCCAAGUCACAGCAUGUCUCAUGUACAUUAAUAUGUAUGCGUCCAUUAUAUUUCUGGGAUUCGUGAGCAUAGAUCGGUAUGUUCAGCUCUCUGGGAGCUCAAGGUUCCAGAGGAUACAGGAACCAGGGUUUGCAAAGAUGAUGUCUGCCAUCGUAUGGGUCAUGGUGCUGUCCCUUAUGAUACCAAACAUGGCAAUCCCAAUCAAAACCAUCGCCCCCAAGCCUCUAUUGAAAUGCGCGGAGAUCAAGGGGACGUUGGGACUUCGCUGGCAUGUCUUCAGCAAUUUUAUCUCCAUCGCCAUAUUCAUGAACGUUUCAGCUGUCCUCCUGACAUCCAACUUUCUUUUGGUGAAAAAGCUCCACAGAAACAAGGACCGAGAGACGCGCAAUGACGUGAGGAGGGCUCUGAGGCACAUUCUGAUACUGACUGGCAUCUACAUCGUUUGCUUUGUGCCCUACCACGUCAUUCGGAUUCCGUACACUCUCAGUCAAUACAAGCCAAAGGCAGACUGCAGUGUGCAGCAAGCCCUAUAUCUGGCCAAGGAGUCCACCUUUCUUCUGGCCGUUCUCAACCUUUGCUUUGAUCCCAUCCUGUACUUUUAUCUCUGCCAAUCUUUCCGAUCAAAAAUCACAGAAACCUUUUUAUCAACUAACGAGGCCAGGGGAAAGAAAGAUGGACGUCGGUUGGAGGAUGCAGAGACUAACUUAACUCCAUGCAGCUGAAAUAAAUGUGCCCGACUGUAUAUCCCUUCAUUUUGUUUUGAAGGUUGCAAAAUCGAGAAUCCUUAAAUUAUAAAUAUACUCCAGACAUAGAUU